AAGGAGAAGAUGAAAGAGCUCCCCCUAGUGUCCCUCUUCUGUUCCUGCUUCCUGGCUGAUCCCCUGAAUAAAUCUUCCUAUAAAUAUGAUGCAGACACCGUGGCUCUGAACUGGUGUGUCAUUUCUGACAUGGAAGUCAUAGAACUGAAUAAGUGCACCUCGGGCCAGUCCUUUGAGGUCAUCCUGAAGCCACCCUCCUUUGAUGGGGUUCCUGAGUUCAAUGCCUCACUGCCUCGGCGGCGAGACCCGUCAUUGGAGGAGAUCCAGAAGAAGUUAGAAGCUGCGGAAGAGAGGCGAAAGUACCAAGAAGCUGAGCUCCUGAAACAUUUAGCUGAGAAGCGAGAGCAUGAGCGGGAGGUGAUCCAGAAAGCUAUCGAGGAAAAUAACAACUUCAUCAAGAUGGCAAAGGAGAAACUGACACAGAAAAUGGAAUCCAACAAGGAGAACCGGGAAGCCCAUCUUGCUGCCAUGUUGGAACGUCUGCAAGAGAAGGACAAACAUGCUGAAGAGGUUCGGAAAAACAAGGAGCUGAAAGAAGAGGCCUCCAGGUAA